UUGCGUCUGAGUCCUGGCACCAGUCUGCUCCGCAAGCAGUGAAAGGUGGAGAGAUUUUCACCAUCACACACUCUUGACAGUCACACACGCGCGAGCACACACACACACUCCGCGAAAGAAACGGGACACGUCGAAGCGUAACAGGACUAUGGACCUGAGCCUGCGAGAUGCUCUGGGUGGGGGUGGAGGAGGGGUCCCUGGGGGGGCACCUGCCGAGGCCCUGCUGAAGAGAGACUUUGUGGCCACGCUGGAGAAAGAGAGCUACGAUGACAAGGUUGGAGAGACGGUCUCCAAGAGCGACUACCGACCCUUGCUGGAUGGAAAGGACGCCAAGAGCGGUCCAGGGAUGAUGUCAUCAAUGAUGUCAUCAGGGGGACGCCAAGACCCACAAGGACAGCCUGCCUUCAGCUCUGACUACCUGUCUGGUCCUAUGAUGGGGGGGAGGACAGAUCAGUGGAGCCUGAACAAGACAAAGGACAGCAGCAUGCCUGACUCAUUUCUAGGCUUCUCUCAGUCUGGGAUGGGAGGGACCAUGGGGUCCACCCUGCCACCCUUCCAGACCAGUAUGAGCUCGGCUCUCGGCCAGACUGGAAUGGGGUCAGCUAUGGACACCCAGAAGAGUUCUGGCUUGUUUGGUGUGGAAAACAAAACCAGCAGUAACAGCGGUGGAAACAGUCCGUUUAAAACCAGCGAUCUGUUUUCUUCUGGUGGCCCGGGAAUCCACUCUACGGAUCAUUCCACAGCUCCCGUCCUCUCACCCAGCGGCUCAAUGGACGACAGCAGUCCCACUUCCUCCAACUCCGAACCCCUCAGCCCUGAGAGAGUGGGGCUGGGGGGCGAGGCUGGCAAGCAACAGCAGAGACGUAAGAAGAAGAAGAGGAAGGGCCAUGACGGGGUCUACGACUUCUUGGAUAGCCAGAAGAAUAACAUCGGCAAAUCAGACGAGCAUGGGAUGCAGGAUAAAAGCCAAAGGGAGGUGGAGGACGAUGAGGACGAGGAGGAGAACUGGGAUUCAUGGGAGAUCAGAGAGAGUGGAGGAGGGGGUAGGGUGAAAGGCAAGAAGACUAAGAGUCGGGCAAGACUUCCAGAGGAGUGGGGAGUACCCCAACAGCCCAUCUCUGCCAUGCCAGCUACAGUCACACCUGCCGGUGCUAUAACUGCCAGCUCUAGUCCUUCUGACUCCAAAGCUGCAAACUCCAGCCCCAGUCCUGUUUUGCCCUCUGCCCCAGCACAAAUACCCACAAGUUUCACCAACCGUUCCCAUGUUAGCCUUGUAACAGAUUCAUCUCCACGCUCUUACGAGCCGAUGUGUGUAGACGAUUUCCCUACGCCUGCUAAAGAUGGUCAAAAAGUGAACGAAGAGAAAGUUUUAACCAGCAAACUCGAACCCAACAAUAGCUCAGCAGCCAGUGCCGGCAAGAGUAGUGCAGCUGGGGAUGUUAGUGGUAGUUUGGCAUUGAUGACAGGGGACAAUCUGAGCCCAGUCUCCCAGACCUUCUCUUUCUUGGAUUCAGUCCUUCAGACCCCUCCAGGCUCCACUUCUGACUCACUGACCACCACCCCUAUCACCAACACCCCCUCCCUUGCUACCGCUCCCCUGACAAAGUCCACUCCAACAGACACCAUCAUCCCUGCUUCACAAGCCAGUUCUGUUUCCAACCCGUUCAAGAGCACUCCAGAACUUCCUCCUACUUCCGCAUUGUCCACCAACCCAUCACUCUUUCCUGCCACAAUCACACACGCUCCAACAUUUGCUGUUGGAUCAGCCCUCAACGUUGAUGCAAAGCCUUUUGUCCCCUCAGCCACACUCAUAGCCUCCACAGCCGCACCCAGUGCGACUGCAGCCACUCCUGUUGUUAGUACAGCAGCAGCCUCCACAGGGACCGCUGCUCCUGCGUCCACUGCCACCUCAGCCACGCCCCUUAGUUCCUCACCUUCCCCCUGUAAGAAUGAAGCCACUACCACAUCACCACCAGACACUGCCCCCAAAAAUAUAGCCACGCCCAUUAGCCCAGCAACGGCCACCCCCCCUCCCUCCAACACCCCCGCAGCCCCUCCCUCUCUCCCUGCACACUCAGAGCACCAGGAGUCCUCGUCGUCACAGCUCCCCCCACUGGAAGUGAAACCUGACAACAAGGACAAGCAGGAGAAGACAGACAUGAUGUCCAGCAAGACGGACAAGGUCGAUGCCUUUGACAAGAAAGAGAAAGAGGAGCAGCAGAAGAAGGACAACGGUCCAGACAAGAACCAGAAGUCCGAGAAGAUUGUCAAAGAUGAUGAAAAGAUGGAGAAGAUGAACGCGGAGAAAAACAACAAGGCCAACGAGAAGGCGGAGAAGGUGGACAAACCGGAGAAGACCAACAAAGACGAAAAGAAGGAAGAGGAAAAGAAGCCUGCUGAGAAAAAGGAGGAGAAGGGGGGGAAAGGGACAGCCAAGUCUCCAACAGGCAACGGUAGCAAGACUCUGCCAAGCCCUGACAGCAAGAGCAAGCCUGAUGUGGGUUCAGCUAAACCAAACUCAGCUAAAUCCCGCCCAUCCACCCUCUCCACCAAUGGCGAGGCCACCUCAGCCAAACGCCCCUCCCCCACCUCAGCCAAUAAAAAAAGCCCUGUACCCAAGGCGACCACACCCACUGCCGCCAAGCGGCCACCAGCAGCAGCUGGCUCGGCCAAAGCUGCCAAGACUCCAGAUAAUGGGACGGCUGAGAAACGCCCAUCUGUGCCAAAGGCCACGCCCACUCCCCGUGCAGCUGCCAAUAAGAAUGGCUCCUCUGCGACUGCUGCAAGUAAAACUGCUGCGAACAAGAAUGACAAGACUGAUAACAAGACGGGGGAGCCCAAGAAACCCAAGACUACAGCCCGUCCUCGUCCUGCCUCCACCACCACUCCUGCUACUCCGGCUGCCUCCACUAACGGUGAAGCCAGCUCCUCUCACCGCCGCCGGGUCAUCACCAAACCCCCCGUGCCCAAGCAGACCCCAAUGGAGAAGAAGCCGCCGGUGCCACGCGCUCCACGUACCCCCCGGCCCAUCAACGCUCCGACACCUGACCUUAAGAACGUCCGCUCCAAGAUCGGAUCCAUUGACAACAUCAAGUACCAGCCUGGUGGAGGAAAGGUCUCCUCCACCCAGAACAACAAGGCAUCAGACCCCGCCACCCCUGCCAGCAAGGCCAGAGUUCAGAUAGUGCACAAAAAGCUGGACUUCAGCCAUGUCACGUCUCGCUGUGGCUCCAAGGACAAUAUCAAACAUGUCCCUGGAGGUGGCAAUGUGCAGAUCCUGAAUAGAAAGGUUGAUGUGAGCAAGGUGACAUCCAAAUGUGGCUCCAAGGAUAACAUCAAACAUAAGCCAGGUGGAGGUGAUGUGAAGAUUGAGUCCCAUAAGCUCAACAUUAAAGCUAAGUCUAAGGUUGGAUCCAUGGACAACGUGGGGCCAGGCAACGGACAAACCAAUGGUCACAAGGAGGAGAAAACAGAGGAGAAGACAUCUUCACCCCCGAGUGGCGCUCCGACAACAGGACCAGCAGGCGUUGCUAAGGCAACAGCACCAGGAGGUGUUGCUAAGGAGAAUGGGGUGAAGGAGACCACACCUACUCCGUUUGGGGGAGACGGACUGAGGGAGCCCCUUAGCAUAGACAAACGCAUCACUGAGACAAAUUGAGUCCCAGUGACCUGUAGAUUUUGGUGGGACACGCAUGGCGCUCGCCGACCUGCCAAUCGACCGACCAACCAACCUACCACGGCGCAGUCACUUCCCUCUGGCCCCGCCCUUCAUCUCGCCCACCGCAGCACCGAACUGACCGAUCACCUCUCAGUGUUUCUCUGGGGUCCGCCUGCCAGCUUCCUGCUACCAACCCUGACCUUCGACCUCUUGACGCCCUCGGGCUGACGUUUGGCCCUGCCUACCACAGAGAAGAGCACUUGCUGUUUGUCUGUGUUUCUCUGUGCGGGGUUCCACCAGCUUCUCGACUGAUAAAAUCCCCUCGUAAGCACUGAUUUAGAGGACUUCAACCUCAAGAUGCAAAUUGAACAACCCCAGCGCAAUAAAUCCACUACAGUAGUCAGUGCCGUAUGGAAGUAUACUGAGCAUAGCCAGUUUUUAAUAGAAUAUUUCCACAACUGAGUCCCACACGUGCCCCAAUAGCACAAACACCCUGCCUCAGAACUCUGUUCCUAAGGCUAAUCUAUGGUCCUUCUCACAGGCAUUCAAAAGCACUUUUGAUGUUCCAACCUUAUUUUCCCCACCUCCACCCCCAUUCCGUGUCCGCUUAGGUCCAGACCACCCUAACCAGAUGAUGAGGGUCUGCUACCGGCCAACAGCAGGGCAAAUACGGUCAAGUCUGCUUUAUAUCAACACAUUCCAGCCUCCCAGCCAGCCAGCAAUUAUUUCCAAAUCUACAGUAUCUACAGCACUGCACGUUGUCAAAUUAUAGGUAAUUCUGCAGCUCACCCAUCAAACAAUAUCUCCUAUUACAUCACUCAGUAUCAUUGCACCAGUUUGUCUCCCCAAACUAUAUUACAUACAAUAAUUCUUCUUUAUCUCUGGGCUAUUUCUGUCAUGAUGCUCACAAUUAGCAGUGAUCGGUGCAGAGGACAAGGGCUUAUGUACAGUGGAGCAGAGGAGAUACAAUUGGAGAAGUUUGGAAAUAGAUCUAAAGAAUGAAAAUAGAUCUAAAGAUGGAGUUCAGAAUCAGUGCAGAGGCUUUCAGGACGUCAGACAAUUUCUGUGGUACGUUUCAAGAAAAGAUGCAUCCAUUCAGAGUACUUACGAGGAAAUUUUGUGGGUAGAACAAAGCAGACGACUUUUACCACAAUUAGAAACAAUAUUUUAUGAUGUGAUUAGUGCAUGAUAAUCCUUAGGAGAGGCAGUGAUGAUGGAGCUCUGCUGCUUCUUUGGGUAGCCUUGGCUCAAAAAGGAUCUGGCACUGAGCACAGGUAUUUGAUCUUGAAGCCAAGUAUUUUCUAAGUUAAGAUCACAGUAUCUGACCUUGAAAGAGUGAUUAUUAAUUCAAGCUGAAGGAGUGAUCUUAAACAGAAGUAUUUAAACUUUUCUGAUAACUGUUAAACUGCUAGCUGCUGAACCUUUUGGUCAAGCAACAUGAAGGCAUUAAUGCACAGUAUACCAUAUGUAGCACUUUUCUUACUGCGGACAGCGUCAACCACCGUGUCACAGGCUGCGGUGUAAAGACCCGGUCACACCAGCACUUGAAAUGGCGAGAUUUUACGGAAAAAUCAGUUUAUUGUGAUGGAAUCAAAGAACUGUGUUAAUAAACUGCUAGAAUCUGUGGUUUCGUUCACACAAGCAAAGUUUCAAGUUUGUGAACUUUGCCACCAUUGACCAGUAGCAAGCCAUUUUAACUGUGCUGUCCUUUGAUGGAUCAGAGAGCUGGAAAGUCCAAAUUGUAGGAAGCUAUUGUAGCUGGCUUAUUAGCUGUGUUACACCUACCACUUUAAUUUACACACUUCUGUUGGAGUAUACUUUGCUCUACGAAACAGGAAUGGUUUGCAGACAGUUAUGAGACAGGAGUCGUACAAAUCGUCUCUGAUUUAACUGUGUAAAUGCAUUCUCCCAGUAGCAAUGGUGCCAACAAGCUUAAUAUUCUUGCUAGCUCAGAGAGUUUUCCCCCUCUUCAAUAAGGGAAUGAAAUGCAGUCCUGAUAACAAAAUGCCAUGAGGAAGUUAACGGUACAGUACAGAGUAAGUAGGAAGAACCUCAGAGAACUGUUGUGGCUGACUAGCACUAGUAUGUUAGCUGACCAACUAGCCCUGCGAUUAGUCCCUAUGUCCCCAAGCUACUACAACUACAUGUUUCAGGAAGACAGAGGAAUGAAUUUCACAAUGCCACAUUCUGGUGUGACCGGGACUUAAUUCACUACAAUACUCUUUAUUCUUUAGUUGGAUGCCCAUUAGCUUCCACAAAGUGGUCGCUAGUCUUCCUAUGACACAAUAUCUUGAAUACAUUAGGGUGUACACAGGUCUGUAGAGUAUGUUACCCACCUCUGGGGAUAUUGAGUGUGAUAGCACUACUUCAUUUUACUGUUCACAUUCUGAAGCUCACUCUUUGAUUUAGAUCAGUCCUGGUCACAUGGGACUUAGCACAAGCUUACAAACUAAGAUGGGUGUUUCAGCACUGCAGCCCCAUUCAGUUUGGGUUGAUGGAAGUAUUAAAAAAUGACCCAAAAAAAGCACCUUAAGCAGCAGACCUAUUUCAGUGACUUACAAACCCUUAACCUUUAUCUUUAAAUAAGCUCAUAUAGUCAUAUGUCCGACCCUUCGCAUGACAUAAUAAUAAUUUUGGGGCAUUAAACCCUUUAGUCUUAAUUUCCUCAAUAAGACUAUUGCUAUCACACCACAUGCAACCCUGUCCUCCUGCACCAUAACUCUUUCCCACACUGUCUAAUCGCUUGAUCCCAGACCUCCCAUGUACCCACAGUGCCGCCCAUACGCCUGUAGACUCUCCUGUGAGGGACCCCAGCAGUCACCUUAAGCUCUGUCUAGCAUUUACAGUUCACAUGAGGCUAUCUGAGACAGACAGACAGACAGCGCCUUCCUUCUCUUGCGCAUGUGGCACUUCCUGGUCAUGUGGUUCACCCCAGUGGAGAGGGGGUGGGGCUAGAGAGCCACACCCUCUUUUAAGUCCUCCCACUAGCUGGUGUGUCUUAGAAUCCUCUCUGUGAGACCUGUUAACUUUUUUCACACACUUCCACAUAAGCACAGAUUUAUACAGGAAAGCACACACACGCUUGUUGGUGUGCAUGCGCACACACACACACACAAACAGAAGUCAGCACAUAUACACACAUACAGUAUGGUACACACAAACACAAAUCGGCACCCUAAAAUAAAAACGGUAUGCUGUUCAUAGAAGCAUUUCUCUGUUCUAGAAUGAAACCAACUCUUUAUUGUGUUUUGGUGGUCUACGCUGAUAUUGUUAAAACAAUGAUGAGCUGUGUUGUUGUUCCUAUCAUAGUCAUUGUCGGACAUUUUCAUCAUAGGCUCACUUCAUCCUCACUCUUUCUCGUCUAUUUCCUCUGCCCGUGUUUCACUCUUCACUCCAACUCUCUGACAGCAAUACAGGGUCUUAGUUGGGAACGCUUCCUGUUACCUGCGCAUACAAUUGACGUACAGACAGAGAGAAAGAGAGAGAUGGACAGAGAACAACCACAGAGGUUAACAGGGAGUUAUGAGAGGGACGAGUUUACUUGCAGGAGGAACUGUCAGUUAAAGGGAAUAAUGUUACAUUCAUGGCAAGUCUGAAGAUGGCAAAUUCUUUGCAACUUUUUACUGAUUUAUUUACUAGAGACUGUGUAGCAGAUUGAACUAAGAGCUACUAGUAAGCCACUUGACUUGGUGACAGGUUUCUAGUUAUCUAUUGUUAAAUAUUUUACUAAACAUCUGUAUUGUAAAUAGAUGGAAGUUAAAAGCUUUUGAAAUGCUUAUUUUGGUCAGCAUUUUCUUGUUCUUUGUUUUGUAUAGGAUAUCACUGGAUAUGCACAAAAUAUAACAAAGGUUAAAAAAUGAUUAAAAUAUUAUUUUACUACACUGGACAGCAGGAACUGCCCAGCUCCAAAAUGCCAUGAAUGCAGCAAUAUUUCAGCAACGCAGAACCGAGAGCGGCCUGGAAAUACUGUAGUUGGGGCCAGCAAGUGCUGCUUGAUGUUGUCUUUCAAGUGAACUAAUCUGCACAUGUAAAAUAGAAAUUCACAUUUUAAGUGAUGGAAACAUUAAAAUGGUCCUAGUAUACUUUGAAUCAGCGGUUGAUGAGAAGUAAGUCUGAAGUUGUAGGGGAUAUUAUUCUUGCUCACUUUCCACAAUUAUUAAAUGUCUUUAAUGAUCAAGUAUGAAGAAAAAGGCAACUUUUUUCAGCCUGUUUGUAUUAUUUUAGGAAAUAACCUAAAUUCAUUUUUAAUUGAUUAAAACUACACUGUGAUGUGCUGUUGAUUUACAGACCAAACACAUUGUCAUGUGUCAGUCGCAGCAGUAAAACGAGUAGAAGCAGCCACCUUAAAGCAGACGGCCCUGUCUACUCACAGUCAUUGCAUUGGGCAUUAGGAAUUGGUCUCCGCUGAAACAAUGAAGGAUUAGUGACGAGUUUGUGGGGUGUUGCCGUAGUUGUCAGAUGUGUGAAGUGUUACUACUGCAUCCAUCCUGUAGAGAGCGCUGCGUAGCCUCUGGAACACUGAUAGUCUGGCUCUGAGACUUAACAAAGGCUGACUGAGAAACCUUGCAUCACCAGAAGCUUCAUUAGAGUUACAUACCAUUCUCAUUUAAACUAGCUUUGAUGGCCACACUAUAUUAUUGUGUCUGGAAUACUAAAUAUUAUCUAAAUCAUAUGAAUUAUGUACAGUUCCCCUUAAAACUCAAAAGUCUUGUGCACUCUGAACACAGUCUUGUUCAGUUAUUGAUGCACUGAAGUGAUAUAAAAGUUGCUUUACUGUAUAUUGGUAAAACAUUGUCUACUGUGUACUGUACAUGUGUGCUUUUGGAAGCAAAACAGUCUUGGUAGUUAGAUCAAGUUAUGAUAAUCAAAGAGCAAGUUAUCAAAUAGUCAACAAUAAAGACUAGACAAGUAAAAGCAACAUAUACGCAUAUUUGAUAUUGUACUGUUCCCUCCAAAUCAUUCCCAUGAGUUGCCUAAAAGCAAAACAUGAUACCUGACAUAUGUGUGGAUCACAUGUGAAGACGAUAAUGUGAAUCUUUCUUCGGGAAUAGAAGAACAAAGGGAUGAAAGCACUUUGAUAGCUGUAGACAGUGGUUUGUGUAUAUAAAAUAGGAGCCAGUUGUAGUCUUAAUGUGUGUUGGAAGCUCAGUGUAAGAGUUUGUCAGAUUAGAGGAUUUUAGUGGAACUUUGGUCAUCAGUGUUGUACUAUUGGCUAUGAUGGUUUAACACUCAACCCUUCAGUCUGCCCUCAUGUUGUUCCUGUCAACAUUCACUGGUUAUUACUGUCUGACCAAGCUACAAAGCCACAUUCCCAAAGUGGGUACGUUUCUGUUUAUGGUCAGUUAAAGGACCAUACUAAACUUUUAGGAGCCUUAUUUCAGAGGAUUAGCAUCAGAAGUACUACUGGUAGAACGUGUUGUUAUGAAUGAAUUUCUCUCCUUUAGCAUACAGUAUGUUCAGUAAUUGUAAGUUACUUUUGUUAUCCUAAAACAAUGACAACUUGUAGCAGUUCCAAUGCUGCACGGUUAAUUCAUUCAUGAUAAGCAGCCAAACCUGUAAAACCGAUAUAAGGCGGUGCACUUUGCAUUGCACAUACACCGGAAGCCAGUUAGCCAGACAGCUAACAAGUUUUCGAAAGGGAAGUUGUUGGUGAUUUAUGAACUUACAGGCUAUAAACUAGAAACUAAUUCCUGUUAAGGGUCAUAUCUUGCAUAACUUUGCGAGCAAAACUAUACAAAUAGUUUCUAGAUUUAGGUACAGAACAGAUCAAAUGCAGGUAUCAGUUGUCUGGAGAAGUUUCAAUACAGUUUAGUACUGGAUUAUUUUGGUCGAUACCAAAAUGUAUCAGAUAGGAUAAAUCACUAGGCCACCAGGGCAAUGCAAGAUGACGGUGAAUCAUCAGUAGCUGUGUAAGUGACUUUACAUCAAUUUGUCAUAAAUAACAAAGAUACAUUUGAAAACAUUUAGAAACUCUAAUAACCAAAUUUAAGGGAACAUAAAAAUGUUUAUGUUGUGUGUUUAUCUACAAAAAUGAACAUCAGCCAAAUGAAUACACAAUUGCAAUCUCUUUUAAAUCUAUUAUCUGCCAGACUAUACUUCCCAUGCUGUAUGCUAAAGUAAUAACACAUGGGGCUAUCCAGUAGAGCUAAAUUAUGGUUCCAAAGAUCAAUGGGCAACCUGAUCCAUUAAAGUUUGAUUUAAUUUGAUAUAAUCACAGAGGGUAUGGUUAGGUUUCAGACUAGAUGUAUGCCUGUAGUACUCAGUAGUAACCAGUAUGGUUAUUUGUGAAAUAAAACUAACGUGCAGCAUUGCAGCUUGGACAAAAGGUAAUAACCAGAUUCACUUUGAUGUCCGUCCACAAAUGUUUGAUUCCCCAGUUAUAGCGCUUGAAUACCACCCUUCCACUAGUAGCUCACGCUGUCCCUUGUAUAUAGUUUCCACUAUGUUUUUAUCACUCCAGAAGUAACUCAAAUAAAUGAAAAUCAAACAAAAAAAGAAAAAAAAAAUCUUACUUCUUAACAGGGUGUCGUGGGUGUUGACAGAUGAGCUUUCACGUUCAUAAACCUGUUACUGUUAAGGUCAAUAAUGGUAUUAUUAUAAGAUUGAAAGCAAAAGGAAGGAAAAGUGUACUUUUUCUUUUUUCAGAGUCUGCCUUUUUUCCUCCAAGAAAAGGGCUGCUGAAGUUUCAAGAAUGUUUUUAAAAUGUAUUAAAGAUGCAAGAUUAUGAAUACAUGUAUGAGGUUUGUCUCUGUUCUGUUUUGGAAGAUAGGUCACACAUGGAAACACUAUUUACUGGAUUCAAAUUGACGGGCAGGAAGGGGGGCAGUGUGUGUCGUGUUUAGUAUGGUCCAACUCAACAGGAAGCAAACCGGAAUCGCAGAAACCCAAAUACCACACUUAAGAAUUGGUUGGCAAACAGAAAGGAACAACCGAUCGGUUUCCACUUUGGUUUAAAAUGCACUACUGUGACACCUGACACACACUGGUCAGCCCUUUCUCCCACCAUCCGCCACCCCCCCGUUAGACUAACCAGACUUAGUCUUUUGGCAUGUGGUAGAGAGUAAUGUUCUGUAUUAGACAGCUCCUAUAUAGACACCUUGACAUACCUACCAACACGGACUGAAUUAAGGGAAGUUUUGGACCAAAUUAUCUUCUCAGUGUCAGUAACAAAGGCUGAGAAUAACGGAACAAUUUGGACCAAUUUGCACUAUUAAAAAGCAUAGGCUAAAUCAGUAGACGCUGAGCUCAAACAUUAAGUUUGUUGUUUAAGACAGUAAGUUUGAACUCAGACUUUCCUUCUAAGAGAGGUGGCUAAUUGCCUGAAUUGUGAAAACAAAGGGAGAAAGGGUAACUCCAGAAUAAAAGGGAGUGUUGGUAGAUAUGCACCUGGAGCCCCUAGCUGUGUCUCCCACCUACAGACGCGUAUCAGCAUCACAGCACUGAAAAGUAGCUUUCUCUUCUUGUGUCCUCCACCACAUAUACAGCAACUACCAGACGGUAGUGCAGUAAAACCAAUAUUCCAACUGUUUAUCAAGGAGAGCACAGAGUUAGGACAAUAAAAUAUGUAUUGAUUGUAUUUAUUAGGCCGGCUUUGUUCAUAGGAUUCAAGUUUUUUGAUUAUACCUACUUAUACCUAAACUUUAGGCUGCAUGUCCAAAUUGUCCUCACAAACAGAGGGAACAGGCAAAAAGAAUCUGCUUUUCAGUACUGUGGAGUGGAUCCACUGUAGCGUGUGCUGUAUUAUUCUGUAGGGCACAACACCAUAGCAAGAGCAUGCAGAAGACAACAAACAAACUGCUGGUUGUUAGAGGCAUCUGUCCUAUUAGAUAGAGCUCAUCUCCCCCUUCAAUUCUGAAUAUUUGGUAUGAAAGAGAUGUUUAUUGUGAUUAAUUGUUAACCAGUGAUGUGAAUAUUAAUCAUGAAAUAAAAAGAUGAGCAAAAUACCAGGCAGUGUCACAGCUGUGUCAUUUCUUUUACACUACACACAUUGUAGUGUAGGCUAUUUUUACACAUUGAUUGACCUUUUUAACCUUUUUCACCUGAGUGUUUAACCUGCUUCAGUGCUCUAGCAUUCAGUGUGAAAUGGUUUUUGGAGCUGUAAAUGCAAUAUGUUAAUCGCAGACUGAAAGUAGGCAAAAGUACAGAAGUCAUUCAUUGUGCAGAAUGGCUGAUUUCAGAAGGAUUAUGCUACAUUAGUGGGUAAUAAUGCAUUAAUGUGUAAUGUCUCACUUU